AUGGGGAAGUGGAAUUGUGAGCUGACCCAGAAAGUGGUUGAAAUUUGGACAGAUUGUGUCUUAUUCCGUUGUGUUCGUAUGCCGCAUUUCCGUUACCCAUCCCCGAGCAGUGGGCCUUCGCCGCGCUUCCGUGACUUAGCCGUGAUUGGCAGAACUGCAAGGCUGUGGGCUGCAGACUCGUCUGUGUCGGUUCUUUUGGAUGUGUAUCCAGGAGUGGGGUCCAAGGCCGUUUUCCUGCAGUCUUGUGAGAACAUAGGUCAGUCAGAUGCCCCAUUUGAUUCAGGACACGCGGUGAUGCUUUUAGCAUCAUUGCCCGGCUCUGCCGAUGCAGGUGACUUUGCACGCGCGGCACACGGCUGUGCCCGUGCCGCUCCUGGCUCACUGGUGAAGGGGUCACGGAAGCUUGAAAAAUUUCAAGGUUCUGAUGGAAAAAAGGAAGAUGAAGAAAAGAAGUAUCUCGAUGUCAUCAGCAACAAGAACAUAAAGCUCUCGGAAAGAGUCCUGAUCCCCGUGCGACAAUACCCGAAGUUCAAUUUUGUGGGGAAACUGCUUGGACCAAGAGGAAACUCCUUGAAGAGGCUACAGGAAGAAACAGGAGCUAAAAUGUCUAUCCUGGGCAAAGGAUCCAUGAGAGACAAAGCGAAGGAAGAAGAACUAAGGAAGAGCGGGGAAGCUAAAUAUGCCCACUUGAGUGAUGAACUUCACGUACUAAUUGAAGUGUUUGCUCCACCUGGGGAAGCCUAUUCACGCAUGAGUCACGCAUUGGACGAGAUUAAAAAGUUCCUGGUUCCUGACUACAAUGAUGAAAUUCGUCAGGAGCAGCUCCGUGAACUGUCUUACUUGAAUGGCUCGGAGGAUUCUGGGCGUGGCAGAGGGGUCAGAGGCAGAGGGAUCAGAACAGCUCCUACAGCUCCUUCCAGGGGCCGCGGGGGUGCCGUUCCGCCUCCCCCACCUCCCGGACGAGGUGUCCUCACCCCUCGAGGGACCACUGUGACCCGUGGAGCUCUGCCAGUGCCCCCCAUAGCGAGAGGGGUCCCCACCCCUCGAGCCCGGGGGGCACCAACAGUGCCCGGAUACAGGGCACCCCCGCCUCCUGCCCACGAGGCUUAUGAAGAAUACGGCUACGACGACGGCCACGGAGGGGACUACGAGGAGCAGAGCUACGAGGCCUACGACAGCGGCUACGCUGCGCAGACCCCAGGUGUGCCCGAGUACUACGAGUACAGCCACCGAGCGAGCGAGGAUGCCUACGACAGCUACGCACCAGAAGAAUGGGCUGCCACCCGCUCCAGCUUGAAGGCGCCACCCCCGCGGUCGGCCAGAGGCGGGUACAGGGAGCACCCCUAUGGUAGAUAUUGAAGGUUCUCCUCGCCUGUGACCUCACUGAGACAGUGCAUAGCCUUGGUCUCCACAUACACAGCAACGACACAAGUACGCACAAGCAAGCAACACAUAACGGAGUAGCAGAUGCUAUGGACUAAGAAGGAAAGAGGGACAUCUGUCACUCAGGCCAGCCUUGGGGAGGAGCUGCAACACACAGAGCGGCCUGAAUUGCUAGGACCGGAAGGACAGAGCCGGACGGAGCCAUCGAGCCCCUCAUACUCUACUCUACAAAGGAGGGGGCUGCCUCCCAGCCACAGGUGCCUUAGCAGCAUCCAGCGUCCCUGCCUGCAUCUGCUUCCUCCAGCACAAUGAACCAUCUUCACACUUGGUAACAAGCGACUCAACGCCAAUUUUGCUUAAGUUUCUCGUCUACCAUGCUUCAUACUUCACAGUGCCCUAGAAUGAAUUGUUUAUUUAUAAGAGAAUCUUAUUUAUAAGAGAAUCAGUACUGGGAACUGAACUCAGGGGCGAGCCAGCUCAUUUUAAUGUUAUUUUGAGGCAGGGACCUACGAAGUCACUCACGCUGCCUUUGAGCUUGUGGUGCUCCAGCCUCAGUCACCUAAGUAGCUGGUGAUUACAGGUGUGCUCCGCCACACCUGGCCCUAAGAGGAACCGGAGCACAGCUGGAGCCGACCCUGAGUCAUCCCCACGCCAGGUGCAGUACACACGGGUCCUGUUCACAUCCUGACUGAGAACGACUUCUGCUACCAGAACUUUCCUUACUCCUUAUAACCUCAGAGCCAACCUUUCUGCCCCUCAAGACAGUCUUCCCAUUCUUUGUCAACAUCCUGAUACUUAGCACCUCACGUCAUUUUCCCAGCAGCCCGUGGGCAGCUGCUCCUGUUGUUAAUUUCGCCAUGAGUGAACCGACACCCGGUGAGAUCAGCCGGUGGGACUGCUUAAGGCUCCAAAGGUGUCCCUCGAGACUCCAACAGAAAACCUGGACUGGGGUGCACCUGAAACUGGUGGUUUGUUCCAGUGCAGUGAGUCACCUUGUCCACUUGGGAUCUCAUUUAUGAACUCUGCCUAUCAGACGGGUGCAAAACAGUCGUGACCCAGACAGAGCCCAAACGCGGACGCUUGCGUGGGUUGAGAGCUGGCGAGGCACUGCCAGAGUGAGAAACCUAGUUUUAUUUUACAGUGUAGCAGCUAAAUGUACCGAGACUCAUAGGCAUAUGAUGCUAUAUAGUAUAUUGUCCGGAUUUGAGGCUGUAAAUUCCUGACUUACAGAGUAGAAACAAAAGCAAAAAAUCAACCAAAAAGGAAAUACAUUUUGGUGAGCGAAUGUGAUGCAUGUUCAAGUUAUUUCUUGUACGAAGGGGAGUGGGAGAUUAAAACAAAAUCUUGCUCCUGCCCCCAAAUUCCCAUUAGUUCUAAAGCAAAAGGAUAAUAUGACCCAACAGGUAGUCAGUUAUCUAGAAGACUCAGGACAUGUUGCUGUUUUCUUUUUAUACCCCCUGGAACUUAAAAAUAAUUUAUGUCAAGAAUUAUUACAGGGUAUAUGUUUGUUUAAUGAGCCAAGGAAGUAUGUAUGCUACUUCAGAAAGUUUCUACCUAAAUUUUCCUCACUGAAGGUGAAUCUUCCAGGACCCGGCCUUCAGACAGACCUCUGAACAGAUCAGAGGAGUUAGGAGUGAGGUAGCAGUGAGCAGGAGCCCUGUGCCUCCUCUGCUUGUUUCCUGGGAGUUGGGACCCAGGCAGCACAUACUUUUGUCAUCGUCUUGAGUCUAACCCAUAUUAACAUCUUUCCAAACUUGGGCCACAGAAUUCCAUGUCAUUCUCCUGGCCAUUAUAAUAUGCUCGUGGGAAUUUGCUUUCAGAGAGGCAAGAUAUUGUAGCCAGACUGACCUCGUGUCCUGCUUUACAGCUGUUAUUCCAGUGUAACUAUUGCUAGCAGUGCCUUUCACUUUCAGGAUGUUUCAGUAAGAUAAUGAACGAUGGCAGCCUUAGCUAGAAAUAUAAUGAAGUGUUGUAAUAAGAAACCCUUACUGGAUGCUUGAAUUUCUUAGACUCUGAAAAGCUGCCGUGUAUAGCAAACUCUUCAGAGAAACCCAAAGAGGCAUUGUCACUGUUUUCCUCGAGGAAACAGAGAUGAAACAGCAUGACUGUCCACACGACAGACAAGCCUGUAAGCCCGUGACAAUCUGACCAUGUCACAACGUGUGGCAGAAGAUGGGUUCUGCCUUCCCAUCUGCCGGGCCAUGGAAGUGACCUCACUUCACUUCCCGUAUUCAAAGACAUCAACAGUUAUUCUUUGUGGUAACUUUUUAUGAGGAUUACGCCUGUGUGUGUGCGUGUGUAACUAGAAGCACUGGGCUGGAUCACACACUUUGGUUUUUUUAAUUGUUCUUUUGAGACAGAGUUUUUCUAAGUUGCCUAGUCUGGCCUCAAACUUGCAGUCCUCCUGCUUCAGCCAGCCAAGUACACACUCCCAGCUAAAAGCCAAGUUGCUUAAAAUACAGGAAAAGGACACUGAGCCGAAUGAACUACGGUACAGCUGGGUUGUACUUCAAGGCCUUAAUGUCACUACAUUAAUGAUGACGAUUUACCAGAGACUGCUUUUUGCUAGGCGCCAUCCUUGGGACUGGCCCCAUGCUCUGUGCUGAUGCUGGAAGAGCUCUGCAUGGCAGAGGUUUGAACCCCAGAACAUGUAGGGAUGUUUGUAGCCAUGGUUCCUGAUAGCUCGUAGGUUAAAAGUGGAGAUGGAGGAUGAAAUCCUCUUAGCAGGCUUCCACCUCCCACCUCUGUCCAAAUGUCUCACGAGGAACUGAUUAUCAAGAUAGAAGACACAGCACAGAGGCAAAGGAAAAUCCUCAGGUGCACAGGGACUUGUCUGACACCUAGUGUAACACCUAACAUAUUAACUCCUUAGUGAGGGAAUGUACUGUAUACUCUCUUUUAUCUUUCAUUUUUCUCCUUUCCAUAGCCCAAGUAAGAGUGUUGAUUUGUAUGAGUGUAAGCUGAACUGCACUGAGAGAUCACCCUUCUCUGAAAUUUUCUGCGCAUUUCUUCAAUUUCAAAACCUUUCUGGAAGACAAUCUUAAAUAAAGAUGAAUAAACAAUACUUUCUCAUCAAUUUUGUUAUACCACUAUAUAAAGAAUAUGGGUAUAAAAACAGUGGAGGUGGUAUUAUAUAAAGGUUACUGAGAGGAAAUUCCUUCAUUUUUUUCAACAAAAAAUGUAGAAAUUCCUGCUACUAUAGAUUUCUCUAUGCUAUAGUUAGCAAAGUAAAUACAAGCCUGUGCCUAUACACAAAAGAUGAUGACCUUAUAAAUGCACUACGGGUCAUGUGCUACUAUACAAUGCCGGGUUAUGGAGUGUGAUGUGGGCCGUGGUUCUUACCCGCACAGGGACAUCAGUGUCAUGAGCUGUUUAAAACUCCAGAUGCCAGGCCCCUCUCUGUGUUGAACCGAUAUGUAUUUCAGAGGUGGGAGCGGGAAAGCUGUAUUUUUACAACUCCCGAAGUGAUUCUGAUAUACACUACCGAUACUCACUAGUGAACUAAAAUAGACCAUGUUAAUAUAUUAAUAUUGCAGAUAUUUAAAGAAGUUUAUUUGAGCUGAGACUUUCAAAAGAUGGUGUCACAGAAGAGAUAAAAUUUGAAUGGAAGUCAGACAUGGACAGAAGCCAGAAAACCAUCUUUCCAGGAGUGUCUCGGAAUUCUGCUCAGGCCAGCUGCUGCCAGCCCUUGUCCAUGCCUCUCCAUGUUCGGUGAAAUUACUCUUGUUGCCCCCCGGACUUGAGCCCCCAGCUGCGGUGAG